CGGGUGUGUGGUGUGGCGUGUGCGUGUGCUUGUGCGUGUGCUUGUGCGUGUGCCUUCUCAUCACAUGAUACUCUCUCAAGUGUCAACCAUCCAAUAUCCAACCAAAAGAGUUCCACGGGAAGCUUCCUACCUCUCUUCCUACUUGUUGGCUUCGCUUUCCCUUUUACCCUUUUUCACUUUCUUCUGAUUUCCUUCUCCAAACUCCUCUUUAAACACACAAUACUGUCUUCUCCAACGCAUUCACUCACUCACUCACUGUGUCUUGCUUAUCCACUCUCAACAUAGGAGUAACUGCCUCACUUCCGUUAUCAGUUGUUUUCUCCAAAUUUUUGGCCAAUGGAACACAGUUUGAAAAGAAAGUCUCCAGAAAAUGAAGACUUUUUACACUUGAACGGCUUUUCUCUGGAUGACCUUAAUGAAGAUCUCUUAGAGAGGGUGCUUUCAUGGCUACCAACUUCCUCCUUCUUCCGCCUUACUUCUGUCUGCAAGAGAUGGAAGUCAGCUGCUGCUUCUUUGAGUUUCAAGCUUGCCUGCUCACACAUUCCCUCGAGAGAUCCUUGGUUUCUGAUGGUUUCUCCCAGCCUCAACCAAUCCAUUGUCUUUGACACUGCUGAAAACAGUUGGAAAAAACUCAAUCACUUGCGUCUUCCUCUCGAAGACUCUAACAUAAGCUGCAUGCCUGUUGCAGCAUCUGGUGGCCUGGUUUGCUACCGCAAACUCUCAGGAAACUUUGUUGUAUGCAAUCCAGUAACCGGAUCCUGUAGUGAACUCCCUCCAUUGCAUUUCCCCUCAGAAAAUCAGCCUCUCAAUGCCGUUGUGAUGAGUACAACUUUCAGAGAUCAAAUCUCCUACAAGAUUGUGUUAGUCUUCGGUGAACUCCCUAAUCUUUUGUUCAAAGUCUAUGACUCAAGCUCUUGCUGUUGGGAAGAUGAGACUGCUCUUAGGAGGGAGGUGGAUGACAAUUCCAUUGAUUGUGAUUCAACCGAUGAUGAUGACAAUGUUGUGUACUUCCUUAGUAAGGCUGGAACGGUGGUGGCAAGUAGCAUGCAGAGGAGCCCAUCUAAGCAAUAUUCCUCGGUCAUUACCACCAAAGAUGGUGAGGAAAUGGUGUAUUUCCUCAGCUCCUCAGGGACAGUAGUAGCUUGCAAUUUGACAUCCAAGUGCUUUUUUGAGUAUCCGAGGUUGUUGCCUGUUUUCAGUGAGUACUCCAUUGACAUUGUGGAGUGUGGUGGUGAGAUGCUGGUUGUCUUGUUAUCAGAAUUCUUGGAGAGCACAAGUCUUAGGGUGUGGAAAUACGAUGACACAAAUAGAUGCUGGCAACAGAUUGCUGCAAUGGCUGCAGCAAUGUCUCAAGAAUGGUAUGGAAAGAAGGCAGAUAUUAACUGUGUUGGUGCUGGCCAUCAGAUACUUAUAUGCUUGAACUCUCCUGAGCUAUGCACUUAUGUUCUCUGUGAUUUGGUGACCAACACAUGGACAGAAUUGCCGAAAUGUUGCAUGAAUGGAGAAGUCAUGGAGUUCAUGUCUGCAUUUUCAUUUGAGCCCAGGAUAGAGGCUUGUGUAUGACUCCAAACUACCUCAGCUUGGUAUCUUGAUUUUGGUUAUCAACUGGUUUUUGUUGUUCUUCUGUUAGCUUAAAUUUUCAUCCACCUUGUACUUGAAUUUGUCAUGCAAAAUAGCUAGGGUUGAUUUGGUGUGAAAAUAGAUAUGAAAGCUCUGACCAAAUGAUUGAUUUCUAACUUAGACAUUGUAUUGUUCUCCAUUGAUUGUUAGAUGUACAAUGCUCAAAUACUGAGUUUCCUCAUGUUCCAAAUAAGCUUGUUGUUUCCUUA